UGUUGGUCACACUGCUCGGCGACAAACGGAGUCGAAACGAAAAUUAAAAUUAAAAUAAUUUCCUAUUCGAUGACUUGAACUGAAAGUGCUAAGCAGUCACCGGUCUGCUCCGAGCUAACCUUCAAGCAUAUAUCCAGUCAAAUUCGAGCCGAGUGCCUGAAACUAACGUGCCUGCAGUUGUAAAGUGCCACCGUUUGUGUUUGUUUAUUUUUUUUUUCGUUUGCUUUUCAGUUUGUUUUUUAAGUGAAAUUGCAGCUAAAAACUUGAACGAAGACUAAAAGCCGCUGUAAGCUAACAACAUGGACGACGAGAAUCAGCUGGAGAGGGAGCUGGAAAAGGAGCUGGACGAGAUGCCGCCGGUGCAGGACUUGGACGAGGACGAGGAUGAGGAUGACAUCGACGACGACGACGAUGAUGAUGACGACGACGAGGCGUUCGACCUGAUGGAGGUACCUGGUCAGCCGAAGACAGAGCAAGUAUUGGGCGACUCCUCCGACGAGGAGCAGGAGAAGCAGAAGAAACAGCAGGAGGAAAUGAAGCAAAAGAAAAAGCAAGAGCAUCGUGAGGCUUUGCUCCAGCGUUUACGUUUAGGACAAUCACCCGUUGCUGCUGGCGGCGGCGGCGGCGGCCAAGACUUGACCACCAUUGAGAUUAUGUCCUCGGAUGACGACGAGGACUCGGAAUCGGAUCAAGAUCAGCCCAAAGCAGGCGAUUCCAGCAAUAAUGAAGACGAGGUGGGCGUGAUUGAGGACUCGGACAGCGAGGAUUUGAAAGGUGAAGACUAUACCACCAGCGAGCCCAGCGAUAGCGACGAUGAGAGUCCAGAAAUCGAGUGGGAGCGUAAUUUUGAUGAGCUCCUGGCCCAACCGCAGAAACAGUUUGCCCAACUGUUGAAACUAAGCGAGAUUGCUUUCAAACUCAAUGACCUGGCCAAGAUCGAGCUGGCCGUUCAGCUCCUUCAGAAUGAAGCCACUGUUCCAGCCCACAUUUGGCUCAAGUAUCUCAAGGCACGAAAAGUGGUGACCCAAACCGAGGCCGAGCUUAAGGAAUUCGAAGAGAAAUGCGCCACUGCCCUAAGCUAUCACUACAGCACCCCUUUGGCCGAGUUCGUUGUGGUCCACCUGGAGAGUCAGCAAAUGAGCCACCAUCAUCAACUUCUUUGGGCCAAACUCCUGGCCGACUAUGACGUAGAGCGUCCCGACUACGGACUCAGAUUGCGGGACAUAUUGACAUCGAACAAUGACGAGUUCCAAGAGCUACUACUGAAACACUGCGCCACCUGGAAGGCCACAGUUCAAGAGCGAGAAACCAUAAACCAUGUGGUCAGCGAUUUUAAGCAUCAUCUGGAGGAUAUGAGAAUCCAAUACAGUGACUGGGACUGGGCCAAGGUUCACAGCAGGCAUGUGGAGGAGGUGUUGGCCUUGGAUCUGCCAGAGAAUAUCAAAUAUGCCAUCAUUCGUUUCAUUUUCGAGCGUUCCGUUUCGAAAUUUCCCACCGCCGAUGCCUUGUGGCUGGCCUACAUGCGUUUCAUCCAAGAUGGUAAUGAAGGGGAAGCUGACGAGGAAGACGUUGAGGACGACCGUUUGGGCAGGGGUUACCUGCUUAGCAAAGUCCUGGACUUGGCCAAGCGUGGUGUACGCUGCCGUCCCAGUGUCCGUUUGAAUCACAAGCUAUUGGUCCUGAUGGAGCGUGCGGACUUUGCUCAGUCAGCGGUGGAUGAACAGAUCCAGAAGAUUUUGAAGCGCAUUGAACCGGAUAUCAGCAUGACGGUGGAGCUGCAUCUGGACUACUUGGCGUAUCGUGUGCGCAAUACCAAUCCCAGUGAUGAGGAUCAGAAGAGCAGCCUGCGUGCUGCCUUUCUCAAGGUCUGGGAGGAUUUGUCCGCGCUGUACGGUGAGCAGGCGGACACGCGCUAUGAGAUACUGCAGCUGUGGGCACAGGUGGAGUAUGCCCAUCUGGCGAGUCCCAUUCAUGCCAACACCAUUUGGCGUCAGAUAAUGGGCUAUCCCGGCAGCAAUCGUCGCAGCGUUUUAUGGCUGGCCUAUGCCCAAAUGGAGAGCGAGUAUAAUGCCGGGCAGGGCACCCGGGAUAUACUCCGCGAGGCCCUGGCCCAGCCUUGCUUGGAGGAUGGCUUGAUGGUCCAGGAGCUGUACCGUCGCUAUGAGCGUUGUUAUGGCUCAUACGAGACCAUUGCCGCUUGCCAGGCCUUGGAACUGCCGCCGGAAUAUGUGAGGAAGCCUACUCGCCAGCAGCGCCCACAGCAGCCACAACAACAGCAGCAGGCUACUCGCCAGCAGCGAUCACAGCAGCCGCAGCAGAAGACUCAGCCCAAGACUCAACCCAAGACUCACCAGAAGACUCUACCUGAGGCUCAGCCUCCCCUAAAUCGUGAGCAGCGUCGUCGUCAGGCUCACGAGCUGAGAAUGGGUACCAAAAAGCAAGAGUUGCCCAAGGCAGGAGUUGCCUCCAAGCCAUCAGAGGAGCCCAUAGCCAAGCCAAGUCCUGUUGAGCCGGCUGCCACCGAAGUCCGUGAUUCCCAUUUGAAGUAUUCGCCCCAUUUGGAGACCAACAAGGUGUUUGCUAGGAACCUGCAUCCGGCCGUCACCAAGGAGGAGCUAAUGGAGCUUUUCCAGCCCUUUGGCCAGGUCAAGGAUGUGCGUCUGGUCCACAAGCAAAAACAGAUGAAAGGCAUAGCCUAUGUGGAGUACGAGAAGCCGGAGGCGGCUCAGAAGGCGGUGUUUACACUAAAUGGCCAUAAAUUGCAUGGAUUAGCUAUUUUUGUGGCCAUUUCAAAUCCUCCAGCAAAACCUGCAGCACCUGGAGCACCAGAACCACUAGGACCCGGUUCAGCUGAUGGUGGAGCAGCCAAGGUGGCGCCCAAGAGACGCGUACAAACCUCCCUGAUACCCACGACCUUAGUGCGCCAAGAGGCAGCUGCCACGGCGGCCAAGAAGCGUCGCUUAGAGUUGGCCCAGGAAGAGAAUGAAAAGGAAGAACCACAGCCAUCCACAUCCACUUCGACCUCGUCCUCGUCCAAUGGCAAAAAAGAAGAGACUUCACUCAAGUCGAAUGAUGAUUUUAGAAAGCUUUUCCUCAAGGACAAGUAAAGAGAAAGAAGUUUAAAGACACAAAAACAAAAAACAAAAGAAAACCUAAACAAAAACAAAAACCAACUGAACCAAAACCGUAAUUGAAUGUACAAAGCCAAGCAGACGUAAGGACCCUUCAUCUACAUUUUAAUUGGUUGGAAAAACUUGAAUAUUAUACGUUUGUAAAAUGUAAAACAAAAACACAAAAAAAAACCAAUAAAAAAGAAAAACAAA